AUGGAUACAAAGGCUUUAGUUUUCGUUAUUUUUAUAUUUUUUUACAUCAGACAUUCUUUCGGUAACAAAUUGGAAGAAGACUAUAAUAAAAUACAACCUAUAGAAGAAACACAAAAUAAAAUGGGAUUAAGAACCACAUUGAAGUUGGUUAGCGCAGUUGAACAAUCUGAAGGUGUUGGUGCAAGAGUUAGACGUUCCAUUGGAACUAUGAGUAUGAGAAACUUCAACCCAUUUUUGAUGCUUGACCAUUUCAAUAUUGGAGCCAAGGCUGGGUUCCCACAUCAUGGUCAUAGAGGACAAGAAACCAUAACAUAUGUCUUAUCAGGAGGAGUUGCACAUGAGGAUUUUACUGGAUCUAAGGGUCUUUUAUACCCAGGGGAUCUUCAAUUUAUGACUGCCGGUAAAGGUGUUGUUCAUUCUGAAAUGCCAUAUCCAUUAGAUGGACUGGAUACUGUUUCUGGAAUGCAAUUAUGGGUUGAUUUGCCUCUGAAAUUGAGAGAAACCAAGCCUCGUUAUCGUGACUUGAAGUCUUAUGAGAUUCCUAUUGUAGAAGCUCAAGAUGGUAAGGUUAAUGUCAAGGUUAUCUCUGGUGAAUCAUAUGGGGUUGAAUCCGUACGUGAUUUGGCAUAUACUCCAGUACAUUACUACUACGUUACGUUAAAACCAGAUGGUACUUUCCGUCAAAAAGUUCCUACAAACUUUAACUUUUUCUUGUACGUUCUUAGUGGUGAUAAAUUAGUUGUUAAUAAUGAAACAGCUGUCCCAUCACAUCAUACUGUUUUCUUCAACCGUGACGGAGAUGAAAUCGAGGCCGUCAAUACUGCCAAGAGUGAUGGUAAAGAUAUUGAGUUUGUUUUAAUUGGUGGUGAGGUUUUGAAUCAAAAGACAGUCCAAUAUGGGCCAUUUGUUGCUGAUUCUCAAGCAGAAAUCAACAAGGCGUUUAUGGAUUAUCAAUAUGCUCGUAAUGGAUUUGAAAAUAUGAAAACUUGGGACUCAUUAAUCUCUGCUGGUGUUACAAAGGAUAUGGUUGAAAAUGAAUUGGAUGGGAAUCUUGAAAAGAGAAAGGAAGCUGAAAGAGAAUAUUUGGCUGCUAAAAAGGAAGUUCCUGUCAAGGAUGAGCUUUAG